AUGGCAUCUGGCCAAGAGAAGGAUAUGGCAAGGGAAGAAGGGCCCACUGCACCUAAUGAGGUGGUGAACAAUGCUGCUGAGAUUGACCUCAAUCAAGAUGAGGCAAUGGUUGACAUUGAGCUGGAUGACAUUGAGGACCUGGAUCUUGGAGAUGAGGAUAACCAUGUUGAAGCUGAUAACCAUGGUGAUGCUGAUAACGACGGAGAAGCUGAUAACCAUGGCGAAGAGGAAAACACCGGUGAAAAGGAGAACACUAGUGAUGAAAACGACUUCACUGAGGGUGAAGGCAUGAGUUAUCCUAUCUCCGAGGAGAUUGUCAAGCUCCAGGCUCGAGUGUCGACCCAGAAUAUCACCAUACUGCAGCAGCAGACGUCCAUUGAUGGACUCACGAGGCGUACUCAGAAUCUUGAGGCUGCGUUGAGCAUUGCCACGAAAGAGUUAAGGGAGCUUAGGAGGGAGGGCAUUUACCAGCCUCCUCCCGGGCGUAGGCCCGCUCCUGCUGCUCAGCCAGCACGUGCUCCGCCCGCACCUAUGCCUGUAGGCGCUGCAACGGCUAUGCACGAGCCACCUCCACCCGAGACCACACCCUUUGGAUCCCUCUCGGCGCCUCUGCCUAAGUUUAACCAUGGCAAGACGGAGGUGGAGCCUUGGCUUGACCUGGUGGAUACCACCAUGACCCUUGCGAACUCACCAGUUCGAGAGAGCGGCAGUGGCAGGAACAGCCUGCCGUGGUGA